UUCAGGAGUCACUAUUUUGAAUAAAUACUGAUAUAUUGAACGUGAAGUAACCACUCGAGCAAUUAAUAUGGCAAUUAUUAUAUUGUAUAAUCUGGUAACACAAUGAUCGUAUUAAAUUGAAAGCGCGGGAGCUUGGCAUAUGUUUUUCAGAACGUUGGUGUGAUAUUGAUUCAUUUAUCAUAAAAUUUCCAUUUAUUACCAAUAAUUAUGGCGGAUGCUGAACAUUAUAUUAGGGACAUACAGCGAGAAUAUGUAGAUUUUUUAGAUGAUGAAGAGGACCAAGGAAUUUAUUCGGGACUUAUUAAGGACAUGAUUGCUGAGAAGGGGCGGCGUCUAAUCGUUAACAUAAGUGAUCUAAAACGCAAAAAUCCUCAACGAGCCCAGGGGCUUCUAUCAAAUGCAUGCGAUGAGCAAUUAGCAUUUGGAAGAGCUCUCAAGGAAUACGUUGCAACUGUAGAUCCUACUUAUGCAAAACAACAUGAGGACUUUUUUGUUGGAUUUGAAGGCUGUUUUGGAAAUCGGCAUGUUACUCCCCGUUCCUUAACUUCAAUCUAUUUGGGGAAUUUAGUUUGUGUUGAAGGUAUUGUCACAAAGGUUUCUUUAAUACAUCCAAAAGUGGUCCGCAGUAUUCACUACUGUCCAGCAACGAAAAAAGUUAUGGAAAGAAAAUAUACAGAUUUAACUUCAUUUGAAGCAGUUCCCUCGAACGCUGUCUAUCCCACAAAAGAUGAUGAGGGAAAUUUGUUAGAAACAGAGUUUGGGCUCUCGGUAUAUAAAGAUCAUCAAACUGUUACGAUACAAGAAAUGCCUGAAAAAGCACCAGCAGGCCAAUUACCUCGAUCUGUUGAUAUUAUAUGUGAUGAUGAUAUGGUUGAUCGAUGCAAACCUGGUGAUCGUGUUCAGAUAGUGGGAAGUUAUCGCUGCCUUCCAGGAAAGUUUGGAGGAUAUACUUCUGGCACCUUCCGUACUGUCUUGCUAGCAAACAAUAUUUCACUUUUAAGCAAAGAUAGUAACAUGCUUAUUUGCCGUGAAGACAUUAUCUUAUGCAAAAAAUUGGCCAAAAAUAACGAUAUUUUUGAUUUGUUGGCUAAGAGUUUGGCUCCUUCUAUUCAUGGGCAUUCUUUCGUUAAGAGAGCAAUUUUAUGCCUCUUAUUAGGAGGAGUAGAAAAGGUUUURCCGAAUGGUACCCGGUUGCGAGGGGACAUUAAUGUCCUUCUUAUUGGAGAUCCCAGUGUAGCGAAAUCCCAAUUAUUGAGGUAUGUGUUAAAUACAGCGCCAAGGGCAAUACCAACCACAGGUCGAGGUUCAAGUGGAGUAGGUUUAACGGCUGCUGUUACGACUGAUCAAGAAACUGGUGAGCGCAGAUUAGAAGCAGGUGCCAUGGUUUUAGCCGAUAGGGGUGUUGUUUGUAUUGACGAAUUUGACAAAAUGAGUGACAUCGAUCGUACCGCAAUUCACGAAGUCAUGGAACAAGGACGUGUUACAAUUUCAAAAGCUGGAAUACAUGCAUCUUUAAAUGCACGCUGCUCAGUAUUAGCGGCUGCAAAUCCAGUCUAUGGGAGGUAUGAUCAAUAUAAAACUCCAAUGGAAAAUAUUGGCCUUCAAGAUUCGCUUCUUUCUCGUUUUGAUUUAUUAUUCGUAAUGUUGGACGUAAUUGAUAGCGAUAUUGACCAAAUGAUUUCGGAUCAUGUUGUGCGCAUGCAYCGUUACCGUAAUCCAAAGGAAACAGAUGGUGAACCUCUUUCAAUGGGUAGCUCGUAUGCAGAUUCCUUAUCAUUCACUGCAAAUUCUGAUGAGAAAAAAGAAAUAGAAAUCUUUGAAAAAUAUGACCCAUUGCUUCAUGGUAAGUCGAGAAAGCGACAAGAAAAAAUGUUGUCUGUCGAUUUUAUGCGUAAAUAUAUUCAUAUUGCAAAAUGCAUGAAGCCAAAAUUAAGCGAACAAGCUUGUGAAGUUAUUGCGACGGAGUAUUCAUCCUUGCGCUCUCAAGAAAAUGUGCAAUCCGAUGUUGCUCGUACUCAACCAGUUACAGCUCGAACAUUAGAAACUCUUAUACGACUUGCCACAGCACAUGCUCGUGCUAGAUUGUCAAAAACUGUAACCGCAGAUGACGCACAGAGUGCAAUAGAAUUGGUGCAGUUUGCAUAUUUUAAGAAAGUCUUAGAAAAAGAAAAAAGUAACAAGCGACGACGUGGGGAUGCAUCAACUGAUGAGGAUGAAAACCAGAAAUCACCAACCAGGAGAAAUAAACGUACACGCACAGAAACAUUACAAGCGGAAACUGAAAGUGCUGCAUAUGAUACUGAUGAAGAAAUUGAAGCACCUCAACCGGACGCAGGUGAUUUAACACGGCGUGAAACAAGAAAAUCAAAUAAUGCKGGUCGAAAGGUUACAACAGCUGUUGGUGCGGCCACUCAAGAGCACGAACAAAGUACACCCCAUUCAAGUGAAGAUAUAACUCCAUUUAUAUCAGAUACAAGAUUGAGCAUAUUCAAACAUAGUUUGCAACGACUGUUCCGGGAAGCUAGGGAACAGAGUUUAUCUCUAGAACGAAUUUCAAACGCUAUCAAUGAAAAUAAUUCUGAACAAUUCUUAAGUUCUGAAAUUGAAGCUGCCAUGCAUCAAAUGACUGAAGACAAUCAAGUAAUGGUUGCUGAUGGUAUCGUUUUCUUAAUAUAAUUUUCUGUAAGAGUAUAUU